AUGGCCCAUAAGAGCCCCUCGGGCCAAUCACCGGCCCAGGCAGGUUCCAAGAGUUUAUCUCAGUUCCAAGAGAGGCUGCUGCAGGUGAGCUUGAAGGACCUGGGGCAGUUAAUGAGAUUACGGGGCUUGGAAGCGCUGGAGCAGCUGGAGGCGCACUUCGGAGGCGUUUCAGGGUUGUGCCUGCUGCUGCAGACGAACCCCGAGUUCGGGCUCCCCUUGGACCCUGUCGAACUAAGCCGUAGGCGGGAACAGUUCGGCACCAAUGAGGUGCCAAAACCGCGGGGCAAAUAUUUUUUGGAACUGGUGUGGGACUCGCUGCAGGACACUACGCUCAUCUUCCUGGAGAUGGCGGCUGUCCUGUCACUGGCUGUGGCCUUCUAUGAGCUCAAGAUCAACCGAGAGACCAAAGGUUGCGACGCUGGCGGGAUCCUAGGAGGCUCUGAGAAGGAGGCUGAAGUUGAGUUGGUGAAGUGGCUGGAGGGCACUGUCCUGCUGGUAUCUGUGGCUUUGGUGGUUCUGACCACAGCCUUAAGUGACUGGAACAAGGAGAAGCAGUUCAGGAAUCUGGAAGACCGAGUGGUCCAAAGUCAGAAGGGAAAGGUAUUUCGGAAUGGCCAGAUCCUGGAGGUACCAGUCAAGGACAUCGUGGUGGGUGAUGUGGUCCCGGUGUCAUAUGGGGACAUGCUGCCCGCAGAUGGGGUACUACUCCAUGGGCUAAACUUAAAAAUGGACGAGAGUUCCCUGACCGGAGAGCUGAACAUGGUGAAGAAGUCCUUGGACCGGGACCCAAUUCUUCUGUCUGGAACCUACGUGAGGGAGGGCUGCGGCAAAAUCGUGGUAACAGCUGUAGGGCCCAAUUCGCAAACGGGGAUCAUCCUGACCUUGCUUGAUGCUAGUGCCCAGCAAGGAAGACUGGAAGAUCAGAGGAAGGCCCAGGAGUGGGAAAGUCAUUGCAAAAGUAUAUUAAAAAUAAAAAAUUCUUACUCCAAAGAAAAGUUAGUGCUACAAAAGAAACUGUCGAAAUUAGCAGUUCUGAUUACAAAGUGUAGUAUGCUUAUGGCUUCAAUCACAGUAGUCACCCUUGUGACUCACUUUGUCAUUAACACUUUUGUGAUCGGGGGACAAAAAUGGACUUUGGAUUGUACUUCAGUUUAUACCCGAUACUUUAUUAAAUUUUUCAUUAUUGGAAUAACAAUCUUGGUGGUGGCUAUACCUGAAGGUCUUCCUCUUGCAGUGACACUGUCUUUGGCUUACUGGGUAAAGAGAAUGAUGAAGGACAAUAACCUAGUAAGGCAUUUGGAUGUUUAUGAGUCAGUAAGGAAGGCCACAACCAUUUGUUUAGACAAAACUGGAACGCUGACCAUGAACAGAAUGACUGUGGUCCAGGCUUAUAUUGGUGAGAACCAUUACCAAAGGCUUCCCAAAACCAAUUCUAUCCCAGACCCCAUCCUGGAGUACCUUUUAAAGGGUAUUGCUAUUAAUUGUUCUUAUACUUCCAAUGUCAUUCUUCCCAAAGGCAGUCAGAAGUCAGUACAACAAAUUGGCAAUAAGACCGAAUGUGCCUUAUUGGGAUUUCUCCUGCAUUUGGACUUGGAUUAUGAAACAGAAAGAAACAAAAUACCACAGCAGAGUCUGUAUAAAGUAUAUACCUUCAACUCAGAUAGAAAAUACAUGAGCACUGUAUUAAAAUUGUCCAGCGGAGGUUUCCUGAUGUUUAGUAAAGGUCGUUCUGAAAUAGUAUUAGAGAAGUGUUGUAAAAUCCUGGACAAAAUGGGAGAGCCUGUGGAACUGACUGACGCCAAAAAAGAAGAGAUCCUUCAAAAUAUUAUUGCGCCAAUGACUUCUGAAGGACUUCAAACCAUUUGUCUAGCCUUCAGAGAGUUCUCGGACCAGGAAAUAGAACCAGACUGGGACAGAGAAGAGGAUAUCAUUACAGAACUUACUUGUAUUGCCCUCGUGGGCAUUGAAGAUCCUGUUAGACCUGAGGUUCCAAGUGCCAUUAAGGAAUGCCAGCAAGCUGGAAUCACUGUACGGAUGGUCACUGGGGAUAACCUCAAUACUGCACGGGCUAUAGCAUUCAAAUGUGGCAUCUUGAACCUCCAUGACAAUUACUUGUCUCUAGAGGGCAGAGAUUUCAACAGGCUAAUUCGGAAUAAAUAUGGGAAGAUUGAACAGACACUUUUAGAUAAGAUUUGGCCAAGGCUUCGUGUGCUUGCAAGCUCUUCCGCCUCUGACAAAUACGCUCUUGUAAAGGGUAUAAUUGACAGUGAUGUUUUGGGAGUGAGGCAGAUUGUAGCUGUAACAGGGGAUGGCACCAAUGAUGGCCCAGUGUUAAAAGUGGCAGACGUUGGGUUUGCCUUGGGUAUCAUUGGAACAGAUAUCGCUAGAGAAGCUUCAGACAUCAUUCUCAUGGAUGAGAACUUCACAAGCAUUAUGAAAGCAAUUAUGUAUGGGAGGAGCAUUUAUGACAACAUCUCCAAGUUCCUCCAGUUUCAGCUUACUAUUAGUAUAGUAGCAACAAUGGUGGCUUUUAUUGGGGCAUGUGUGACACAGGAUUCACCACUCAAAGCGGUACAAAUGCUAUGGAUUAACCUCAUAAUGGAUACAUUUGCUUCCUUGGCCUUAGUCACUGAAAAGCCAACAAAGACGCUUCUUCUAAGAGACCCUUAUGAAAAGAAACAGCAUCUCUUGUCCAGUUCCAUGGUAAAGUAUAUUUUGGGCCAUGCGGUAUACCAGCUUACAGUCACUUUUGUUCUUAUGUUUGUUGGUGAAGAGCUGUUUGGUUUUGAGAAUGGGAGAAAAGCCCUUCUCCACGCCUCUCCUUCUACCCACUACACAAUGAUAUUCAACACUUUUGUUAUGAUGCAGCUUUUCAAUGAAAUUAAUGCCCGAAAGAUUCAUGGAGAGAGAAAUGUUUUGGAAGGAAUCCGUAGCAAUAAUUUCUUUUGCAUCAUUGUGGGGGGAACCUUUGCCUUUCAGUUCCUCAUUGUACAAUUUGGUGGAAAUAUUUUCUGUUGCACCAAUCUUAGUCCAGACUUGUGGCUGUGGUGCAUUUUCCUAGGAGCAGGGAUAUUAGUGUGGGGUCAGUUUGUAACCAAGAUUCCCAAUAAGUGUGUGGAACCCCUCAUAAGGUUGAUGGGUGGGAGAUCAGAGGAAACGGUUGAGACUAUAUGUCCUGCAAUAUCAGUGACUGAGGACCUGUGGUGGACUCAGAAUCCAAGCAGAAUCCAGAAUCAGAAAAGACUAAUAAAAACAUAUCAUUCUUACUUUCACAGGAGUUUGUCCCAAAUUAUCCACUGA